UCAUCCAGCAUCACAUGGCGCUCUACCUGCUCUCCCUCAACAUGGACCAGCGCUCGGCCCUGACGUCAGCCGUUACCGCCCUGCCUGCAGUGUCGGUGCCUACAGAUGAUGAUGGAGACGGGAGAAGCGGCCUCCCAGAGAAUCCCAUCCGGCGGAGAAUUUAAGGCGAGCGGAGAGUGAGACAAGCAGCCUGUUAGAAAAAGGAAAUAAAAAACUUUUGGGACAGGGGAGAAUCUAAACCUGCAGCUCUCACGUCUGGCGCACGAAGAGAUGCUCAACGGCGGCCAAACGCGAGGGAGCGGCGGGCUGUGCCGUUCCGCUCGGGGUGUUCCUCAGUUUGUCGGAGCUCCUGCCCAGAGUUCUCACACCGUGGAGGCGAUUUAGGGAAGGCGUCCCCUAAAUAUCACCAGGCCGUGUAGCUCUCUACGUGGACCUGAUGACCGGAGGUGAAGGAAUACCUUUAAUAGGGUGGAGCUGCGGUUUCUUUAAUAAAUGAUGAGAAAUUCCGCUCGACACUCUCAGAUUAAUUGAGGAAAGGUGGAUUUGAUUAUAGGCUACAUUGUGUCCACUGAUACCCAACCACGGCGCCUUGCUUUUGUGUCCUAACAACGACACAGGUGAUGUUAUGUCACCGGACAGACCGCUAGAGAUGAUGGCUGCUGGCUGGUGCGGGACUACCCCGAGCGUUCAUGUAAAUCGCCCUGAAAGAGGCUCUCCGAGGAGGCUGUUUACGCAAUCCGAUGCGGUGUUGCAAGUGGGAUGAUUUGAUGCUGCUGUCUCCAUAUGAUCCCCCAGAACUGCCAGGCCUUUAUAUUUCUGUGAAAUAUGCCCAGGCCUUGGGUAGAACAACAUAAAGUGGAGGAGCUGUCAGUGGAUUUAGGGAUGAGGCGAUGCCAUGAAAAAAAAGGGGGGGCUCCUUUCUGGAAUUGAAGCAUAAAAAGGCUGGGGAAGCCAUUAGAGUGACCAUGUCGACAGUUGUCAGUAAUAAGGAGAAGAAAUCCUUCAGUAAAAAACUCUUCCGCAGGAGCUCGGUCCGCUCCGUGGGGAGCUUUAUGAACAGAGUUCUCCGGACUCUGUCGACUCUGUCUCAUUUCGGUACCGACGAGCAGGCCACCGAGGACGAGAAGGACGACGCAACUUCGAUCCCGACCACCACCGGGGGGUCACUCCCGUCUGACGACAGCGACUGUGGGGGUUUCCCAUUUGGGGACAAAGUGCCAGGUGUUGCCGGACUCAAGAACCACGGCAACACCUGCUUCAUGAACGCUAUCUUGCAGUGCCUGAGCAACACUGAGCUCUUUGCUGAGUACCUGGCUUUGGAGCAGUUCAGAGUCGGCGAGACGACCGGCAGCAGCAACGACAAGGCCAAGUCCAACGGGGUGCUGGUGCUGAAGAAGGGGAACCAGCAGCAGGAGGCGGGGGAGGUUACCGAGCAGCUGUCCGGUCUGGUUCGGGCUCUGUGGACCUUCGAGUACACCCCUCAGCACAGCAGAGACUUCAAGAAUGUGGUGUCCAAGAGCGCCCUUCAGUUCAAGGGUAACUCCCAGCAUGAUGCCCAGGAAUUCCUCCUCUGGUUGCUGGAUAGAGUUCAUGAAGACCUCAACCAUAUUGCCCACCCAGACAUCAGAGCCCCCAGGAAGCCUCCUGUAGAAGAAGAAAAUGCCCCAGAAGGAUCUCCACUACCAGCACCUGGCUCUUUUGUGCAGGAGUUGUUUCAGGCACAAUACAGGUCCUCCCUGACUUGUCCUCACUGCCAGAAACAGAGCAACACCUUUGAUCCUUUCCUCUGCAUCUCACUGCCAAUCCCUGUACCUCACACACGGCCACUCUAUGUGACAGUGGUGUACCAAGGAAAGUGCUCCCACUGCAUGAGGGUCGGGGUGGCGGUGCCUCUCUCUGGCACCGUAUCCAGGCUGAGACAAGCUGUGGCCCAAGAGACUAAGAUCCCUGCCCAACAGAUCGUCCUCACUGAAAUGUACUAUGACGGCUUUCAUCGCUCCUUCUGCGACGACGACGACGACCUUGAGAUCAUUCAGGAGAGCGACUCCAUCUUUGCCUUCGAGACACCUGAGCUAUUCAGACCAGACCAGAUCCGCUCCAAGCGAGGCGGAAGCCCACAUGCAAAUCUCAACCAGAACAACCUGAAGUAUGGCACAGAUAAUAAUAGGAUAUCUACACAAAUACAAGAGCCUACAACUCCACCCCAGAGUCCCAAUAAAAACAGUGGACAAGCUGAGAAGAUUGUCUUGUUGGUGUGUAACAGAGCCUGUGCCGGACAGCAAGGACGCAGGUUUGGUAAUCCGUUCAUUCUGUAUUUGGAGCGUACGGUAACGUGGGAUGUACUUCAAAAAGAGAUCUUGGAGAAGAUGCGGCAUCUUUUGCGCCCUGGAGUCUUUGUGCAGGUAGGACCCUUCACUUUGCGUGUGGUAGGUGUGGUUGGGAUCACGUAUCUCUUGCCUCAGGAGGAGCAGCCGCUCUGCCACCCCUCUGUGGAGAGGGCAUUCAAGUCUUGCGGUCCUGGAGGGCCGCCUCAUGUCAAAAUUGUUGUUGAAUGGGACAAAGAGACAAAAGACUACCUGUUCAAAAGGACCGAGGACGAAUACAUCCCAGAUGCUGAAAGUGUGCGUCAAGUAAAGGAGCAACACCAGCAGCCUCAGACCUGCUCUCUAGCCCAGUGCUUUCAGCUGUACACCAAAGAGGAACAGCUUGCUCCUGAUGAUGCAUGGCGAUGUCCACACUGUAAGCAGCUUCAACAGGGCAGCAUCAAGCUCAGUCUGUGGACCCUGCCGGAUAUCCUCAUACUUCACCUGAAACGCUUCAGACAGGAUGGUGAUCGAAGAAUGAAGUUGCAGAACAUGGUGAAGUUCCCGCUCACAGGCAUGGAUAUGGCACCCCAUAUGGUGAAGAGGAGCCAGAGUAGUUGGAGUCUCCCCUCCCACUGGUCACCAUGGAGACGGCCUUACGGGAUGGGCCGUGACCCGGAGGACUACCUUUAUGACCUGUAUGCAGUGUGUAACCAUCACGGCACCAUGCAGGGAGGACAUUACACAGCUCACUGCAAGAACUCCAUUGAUGGACAGUGGUAUUGCUUUGAUGACAGCGAUGUUCAUCCCAUAUCUGAAGAUGAUGUCUGCAAGCAGACUGGCUACAUCUUGUUUUAUCAAAGACGUGCCACAAUUCCAUCUUGGUCUGCCAACAGUUCUGUGGGAGGGUCCACCAGUUCCUCUCUGUGUGAGCACUGGAUUAGUCGGCUGAUGGGUAGCCGUCCACCCAGCCAAGCCUCAUCUGGCUCCUCCAGACGCACCUCACUGGCCUCCCUCUCUGAGUCAGCUGAGUUCGCUGGUGAACGGAGUGAGGAUGAUGGCUUAUCAAGCCGACCAGUAGUAAGAGGCAUGCAACGACAAACAUUCUCAUCAAGAUCUUCCAUUGCCAGCCCGCUUGUGCUCAGUGAAAAUGGCACUAAACCAUCCUGGUCCCACUCUGCUAAACUCCAACUCCGUUCCAACUCACCUUCACGCUUCUCCCUGGAAUCUCACUCCUCUUCCCCAACACUGGAGAGGAUAGGAGAGGUGGUUGAUAGCAAGCUGUCAACCUCCUGUUUUACUGGCUCACCUAAGUCAGAAAAAUUAUCAGGGGGUAAGUUGUCCCUUGCAGCUUUGGACAGUAAUCCAGGCAGUAAGAGGCUGAUAGAACACGUUCAUUCCAAGUCUGUGACACAAGCAGAGCAGAGGGGCUCCAUCCAGGCUGGGGAUAACAACAAUGCAGUCAUUGCUGCUGAGCAAGUCAGUCCUGGACACGGGGCAGCGGCAAGGGAGCUGAAACAAAGAAAUGGGGCUUCAGAUAACACUGGUGUUAAAAGGACCUCAGCAAAGACCGGGUUAGAAAGUGAAAGGAGCCCCAAGAAGCGUCCUGCCACCUCCUCAACAUCAUCUAGCUCUCUGUCUCCUGCUUCACCAGCCCUUGAUAAGGUACCAUCUCGAACACAGACCAAGAAUGCAGCAUCAACAUCAAACCCCAAGGAUAAAAGUGAUGGACCGCCUAAAACUAGCAAAGCUGCAUCCUCACGAACAGCAACCCCCUCCAAGAAAGGGUCAUCGCAAACCCCAGAGGUAUUACAUCCUGACUCUGCCCAGCAGAGGAAGAGUGGUUCUCCAGGACUGCAAAGCUCACACCCUCAGAGAAGGACAUCACCGAGAGGGGGAGGCGAGAAAAGCUCAGCCUCAGGAAGGACUAGAGCAGCAGAUAGGAGCACUAGCCGUGAAUCCUCACGGGCCAGUGUGGUCUCAGAGAGGAAGGUUAAUUCUGGAGGCCCUCCCUCCAGGUCGAGUGCUGCAAGUAGAGCAGAGGGCAGGCCGGGCCGUGUUGCAGAGAACAAGGCUGUGGGCCGAAGCUCAAGCAGUAGCUCCUCUAUGACAAGCCUGAGAUCCUCCAGUGUGGGUGUUUCCACUGCAAACGCAACCCCACCAUCAAGAGGACCUCAAAGGAACAGUAAGACAGAAGAGAAAGGUUUGUCCUUUUUUAAAACUGCUCUGAGGCCCAAAGAAACCCGUAAGUCAACUGACAGUGGGAAAGCAGGAGUGGGAGAAGCUAAAGGAUGUCUAGAGGAUGGAGUUGGGGAUGCAGCCAAAGAAGUAGUAACACACGGAGCCACCAAGAAACCCCAGAAUGUGGCCUCAGAGGCUCAGACUAAUGUGAGCACAGGCAAAGACAAGGAGUCCUCUAAGGGGUCUGCUGCAGCUAAACAAUCACUGCUGCCCUCCACGAAGUCCAAGCUUUCUGGAGCAGAAACAACUACCCAGUCCCCUGCCAAUACGAAAGACCCUUCAAAGAAAGAUCCAGUUAAAAAGACAAUACAGUCACGGAAGAUCCCCAUCAACUCUACACAAACUAGCCAGAGGGCCAAAUGACAUUAUCUUAAAGGCCUGAUAACAAUCUCUCUAGUGCAGCUCUGAGGUGUUUAACCAUCAAACUAGACUAAGUGUCUGACAAACAUCUUUAAAGCACUUGUAGCUUUUCAGUGGUUACUGGAUACCAGCUGCCAUACUGGACACUUACUGUCCACAUUGUUAGAUAAUUAUUUAGGAAUGGAUUUUAACAAAGCACUUUGUAUGGAUUGCAUUGAUUUUGAGGAAUAUUAUAAUGUAUUGUAAAUAAGCAUGGACUGCACAUGUCUUGACAUUAUUGCCUUGUUCUGUCUGUAGCAUAGUCGAGAGAAGUACAUCUCAGUAGGAGGUGAAAGUAAAAGUGACUUUGCACAAGAUGGAUGGCAGAUAUAAUGGUGGAAACUUUUGAGAUAACAUCAAACAUGGACUACUCAGUCACCAAAGGAAGUUUACUGGCAAUUUUUAACAUGCUGAUGCAGUGAAACACUGAAUUAUUUACAGAAAUCUUUAUGUACAGCUCUCCUUCAAUAUUGAGAGCCAUAUGUCAACCACAAACAUCAGUGCCUCAGAUAAUCAAACUAUUUAAUCUAAAUUGUAUAACUGCAGGUGUUGGUAAAUUUGUAAAUCAAUUUUAAUAUUUAUUAAGCACUGAAAAUGUAAUUUCAAGUAAAACACAAUUUAAGCCUAUUUAACCUGAACUGCUGUUUACAUAUGCUCCUUGAUGUAGUAAUUGUGCGACAGCCUUGAAGAAGUAUUUUUGCGAAGCCAAAAUCAAGACUGACAUUGAGAGGCCGAAGAGAAGUGCAGGAAUGAAGCAUGUGUCGUUGGUGUUAAAUGUCUGGAGACCUCGGUUUGUAAUAGUUCUUCAGUGUUUGUGUUUUAUUUGCUGGUAAUAACCUGUUACCCCUCAGACCUCCUCACCUGUCACCACCUCUGCCCUUCAGCUGCUGAUACCAACACUUAAAGAGAUAGUUCAGUUUUUUAAGUGGGAUUGUACUGUGCCACUUUUCUGUUAUCAGUGUAUUACCCACUGUGGACAACGGUCGCGAGCACACCUCCAGUUUGGAGAAGUGCUAAGAGUACCAGUGUGUGAAGCUAAGCAACGUACUGCUGAAAAGAUUAAAUGCAUUUUAGCCACCUAGAAAAAGAAAUCAAUAUCAGUUUAAUUGUUUGCUAUAUUUAUAAUAUUUUCAGUGCCUUACGGCACUCUCUGAGUGUGGCAAUCUGAAGUAACCCUUUAAGACAGUAACACAAAGCAAACUAAUUGAUCAAGGCAGCAGUAGACCUUAAACUCCAGUGUUCUGUGAGGUGAAAUGACCGUUCAUGUUAAAGGAGUUUGGCAGCUUUGAACAAAGCAUAGAUGGGGUAUUAAGGCCGUUUAUAGAAAGGCAAAACAAUGAAAAUAUUCCAAAUAUUGCACACACUUAACCUUACAUCGACUUUUUUUUUCUUACUUGGGGCUAUUUAAGGUGGCUAAAAUAGAUUUUGCUUCUUUCCUCCCUUCCACAGCAGUACAUUGCUUAGCUUCCUGCAAUGGUACUCCUGCUUCUCCUGACCACCACCUACUGCUAAUACUCUGACAAUGGUACCUCAUACAACCCCAUGUGAAAAAACCCCCAAACUAUCCCUUUAACUGCGGUGCCCACGUUCCUCAUGGAGCUCAACUUCUUCAGACUGCCAGACAUCUCCAAACAUUCCUCUCAGAUGAACACAGGGUUAAUGUAAAAAGUCACUACGCACACAGGCAACAUAUUCAAACACAGCUGGGAUGCCUUCAUUGAAACACCAUACAUGCACACAGAGCACUAUGGUAUGUUUGAGUAUAUAUUUGAGUAUGUCGUGAGUCAGCCCCUCUUCUGUCUUCACGCGCGACGUCACAGCUUGUGCACAUUUUUAGCUCGCAUUACAGAGUAGAUCAACAAUGAGCGCACCGACAUAGACUGAGUAAAAGAUCACCACUCAUGAAGUAUAUGACAGAUGUUGCAUGAAGAAUUGCUUAUGCAUGCACUUAACUAUGCAAACAGAUUCUUGCUAAUGCCCACAUUGAGUAUGUAGACGUGCUACUCUUGGAUGUGUAUAUAUUUCUAACUGUAUAUUUUUCCAAAUGCCAGCAUCAGAGAGCAUGUUACGGCAUCCCUUCUUAAAGCUUUGUUUGCACAUUUCUUCAAAGUAAUAUACAUUUUGUAUGAAUGAUAAGUAUUGCUCAUUCACCCCCUCAAAGUAAAUCAACUCGGUUGCAAAUGAAUGUUUUCUGUAUUGUAUUCAUUUGUCUCACUUUUUUCCUCACAUUUUCCAACCUGUAACAGCUUUUAACAGGAGACUUUUUUAUAUGGCUUUGGCAACAUAACAUUGCUGCAGUUUUAAAAGUUGUGGUACAACUUUCAUUUAUCAUCUGUAAUAGUUUGAGAUUCAGAGCGAACGUGUUAGAAGUUUUUCCAGAUCUUCUGUGAAAGCUGAGAAAUUAAAAUGACACUGGUCUGAGGACAGUAGUGUUUUACACAAGAACUAAUGACAGGCUUAUUAUAUAAAUGUAUAUGUAGGCCUAAUGAAUAUAAUUUGAUGGGGUAGGUCAAGACGUUUCACGAUCAAACUCUGAACUCAACCUUUAUGACCAGGCUGUCUUCUGCUUUUGUCUGAAAAUAAGUGAUGAUGUGCAAUUUGAUAUUUUUAAUUUGAUUCUUGUAUAAUCAAACCUCAGACCUACAACACACUGAUAUCUUGAUUUCACUGUGAAAGACUGCUCUGGAAGGCAUCAUUAAUGUAUUUUGUACCAGUAAUUCCGAUGAAAACAAAUUUCAUAGUGGCAGUUGAAAUAACACCCAUCAGAAUUCAGAGAUUUACUGAAUGUCAGUGUCACAGUCAGGGAUGGGUGUUCAUCACUAAUCCAGGUAGCUGGGCCAUGAGCUACUCCAUGUAGCUCUCUGGCACACGAUGCAGAAUAAAAGAAAUGAUUAUCUUGAGUGCCUGGUGGCUACAAUGUGUUAAUACUGUGCUGUUACAUCAAUCACAUGCAGUAUAUAAACUGACAUAUGUGUGUCACAUCAACAUAAGUGAAAGUCUGACAAAAUUAAAGGGAGGUAUAAAUAUAAGAGAUUGCUGUGUGGAGUGAUUUAUUCUACUAA